AUGAACGGGUCUCUAGCCUUCAGUUCUGGAUGCUUGCUUUUCACCGCAUUGUAUAGGCUUUUGCCCGAGGCGAUGGAGAACCUCAUCCCAACGGAUGACUCGAGUGAUGUGUCGCAGAAAGAGAUCAACACGGUCUUGAUCACGUCAUUUGUUGCUGGAAUUGCUGCCUGCUACAUUUUCAAUCAAAUACUACACCUCAUCACUGCGGAAUCGGUCGUUCAUUGUUCCCACGAUGGUGAGGACAAGAUCGAGACGCUCCCAUACUCCGAGCUCGUGUCACGCCGAGACAGCCAUGAUCACGGACACAGUCACGGUCAUACCGACCUCGAGGAACAACAUGAUACCCAUAGUCAUAGUCAUGGCCACCACGAGGUGAGCCAAGCAGAUGUCUCUGAGUUGGGACCCGCUACCGCUGAAGAGUUAGAGAGCGCUCCACUUUUAGGCCACCGCAAGUCUCAGGGUCUUCUCCACUACUUUGCCCAGACAGAGCAAGACGAUCAGUUGCUCGGAGAAUGUAAGGGUUACACUUCGGCGGAGCUCUGUCUCCACGAUCAUGGAAAGACCAAGCCACACUUCUGCGAGAUUCCUACAAUCCGCAAGAACGAAGGAGAGGAGAGUCUGGCGCUGGCGCUGGGGCAAUCUGAAGAGGACCACCAUCAUGAUCAGCAUGUCCACCACCAUAACCAUCACCAUGACCACGAACACGAGCACAAUCAUAACCAUAGCUUAUCAUUUGCAAGAUCUGCGCUGGAGGUUCAUUCCCAGCACGGUCGUUCCGAGCAUCACCAUCACCACGUCAAUUCACCCCUUUCUCGUCUCAUGCUCAUUGGUGUCCAAACAAUUCUCGCCAUCACUUUGCAUAAAUUCCCUGAGGGAUUUAUCACUUACAUCACCUCCGAAACAGACCCGGAGCUUGGUGUUUCCAUUUUCCUCAGUCUUUUGAUUCACAAUUUCACCGAGGGCUUCUCGAUGUGUUUGCCAUUGUAUUACUCAUUUGCAUCUGGCAAAGCUCGUUGGGCUAAGGUCAAGGCAGUCAGCAUCAGUGCUAUCUUGGGUGGUCUUUCGCAGCCACUCGGUGCACUUGGUGGUUUCAUUUUUUUGAGGGCCAAUCAUGCUGGCAACUCUGAAAUCGACAUUGACAAGCUCAAUUUCAUUUUUGGCAUUACAAUGGCCAUUACAUCGGGUUUUCUUUCGGUGAUCGCCUUAUCUAUGUAUGGCUCGGCCGUGUCCUUCAGUGGGUCGCCCAACUUUGUGAUGAUUUGGUGCAUAAUAGGUAUGUGUAUAAUAGGCGGUCUGUCGCUCAUUUUGGCCAGCGACUAA